AAAGUCUGUACUACGUAGCUCCUGCAGGCUUGGUGUUUGGGGUUAUGCAAAGCAGGCAUGCGUUUAAAGUUAGGGGUCUCUGCUGUUCUGGAGCAGGAGGAGUCUGAUUGCUGAUCUGAGAAAGAUUGUUCAGGGUUUAAUCUUUAAUCUGAGUUUAGAAAGGGGAGUUUAAAUAGCUUUAGUGCACUGCUGAAGGCUACAGGACUCUCUACUCCUGCCCCUGUUGUAUUCAGGCUUUUAACGUAGAUAGUUACCUGUGGAGCUUCAGGUGCCAUUACUGUCUGCUGUUCAGAAGUUUUGGUAGUUUCUGUAGUUGUUGUUGUGGUAGUUUGAAGGAUGAACAUCGCCGCUGAACUCCUCGUGGUGUCUUUUAAAGUGAUCUGGUCGUUUGUUCUGGCCGGAGCGAAAUGGCUGGUGAAGCCCCGGGAGAAGAGAGUGGCGGGGCAGGUCUGUGUGGUGACCGGGGCGGGGAGCGGACUCGGGCGGCUGUUCGCCACGGAGUUCGCCCGGAGAAGAGCCACGCUGGUUCUGUGGGACAUCAACCGGGAGGCGAACGAGGAGACCGCGGAGCUGGUGCGGGACAUCUACCGAGAGACCGAGCCGCGCAGAGGGUCUGGGGACGGAGUUGAAGACGUGCCAUUUUACCAACCCAGGGUUUACACCUACGUGUGUGAUGUGAGCAAGAGAGAGAGUGUGUAUUCCACAGCAGAAAAGGUGCGACAAGAGGUUGGCAAUGUCACCUUCCUCAUCAAUAAUGCUGGAGUGGUCUCAGGACACCAUCUUCUGGAAUGUCCUGAUGAGCUGAUUGAAAGGACUAUGAUGGUCAACUGCCAUGCCCACUUCUGGACCACAAAGGCGUUUCUUCCCAAGAUGCUGGAUUUAAAUCAUGGACACAUCGUUACUGUGGCCAGCUCCCUGGGUCUGUUUACCACAGCUGGUGUGGAGGACUAUUGUGCAAGUAAGUUUGGCGCUAUAGGUUUCCACGAGUCCUUGAGUCACGAGUUAAAGGCGGCCAAUAAAGACGGAAUUAAAAUGACCCUGGUCUGUCCAUUCCUGGUGGACACUGGCAUGUUCCAAGGCUGCAAAAUCAGGAAAGAAAUAGCGCCGUUCUUCCCACCUCUGAAGCCUGAGUAUUGUGUGGAGCAAGCAAUGAGGGCCAUUCUCACCAACCAGCCCAUGGUCUGCACACCACGUGCUAUGUACGUGGUCAACUUUAUGAAAACGAUUUUGCCAUUUGACGCCAUCGUGUGCAUGUACCGCUUUCUUGGAGCUGAUAAAUGCAUGUAUCCCUUUCUGGCUCACCGGAAAGAGUCCACGAACAACAACGAGUCGAAAAUAUAAAUCUAAAAAUUAUGACUUAUGCAGUUUUCCCUUUGACCUCUAGUGUAGUCAACAAAGAUAUAUUUGAGUGUCUGAAGCUUGUUUCUUUAGUUGUACACUGGAAAUAUGAGGCUAUAGUAGCUAAGUAGCUAACAAAGAAUAGAAGUUUGUAGCUAGCUGUUAGCCUUGUGCUAAUUGCAUGUUUGAAUAAUGUGUGAAGAUGUUCAGUCUUGUUUAGUAAAAAAAAAAAAAAAAAAAACUUGUUUAUGUGUUUUCUGACACUCUCUGACUCACUGCUGUGUGGAGAAAUGGUCUGAGGUACCUUAACAAGCUUAGUUAGUUGGUGUAACAAAAAAACAUGUUAGCAUUAUCUUGAAGCCUGUAUUUUAUUAAUUUUUUUAUGUUGCAGUGAGUCAGAAACAGUGGCAGAAACCACAUAAGCAAGUUUAUCAGAGAUUACUGUAUAUCUCCAUACAGUUUGAGGAGAAUGAUUAUGUGAAAUAGUGGAUUAUAAGCAUCUGUAUUUUGUUAGCUUCUUUAGCCUUGUAGAUCCAGUGCCAAACUAGCUAGAUUAGCUAGCUAAUAAAGACACAGAGUCAUUAUUUAGAUGAAGCUAGGUUCUGACACCGGUUCUCUGGUGAAGAACUGGUGUAAAGUUGUAAGAUGUUGUUCCCCUGGAACAAAUACAGACUGUAACCCACAGUAUGGAUUUAUCAAGCUGUCAGUUGUGCUGCUUUUCACAGUCAGUGAAAUGCACAGAUCAGCUGUGAAUAAAUAUGCAGUAUGUUACUGUAAGAAUGUACAGUAGGGCCUAUCUUAUUUAUAGAUGAUCAUAUCAACAUUCUGACUAAAUGUUUUUUUUUUUGCCUGGUCACUGGACCUUGUUCCUGUAGACUUAGUAUUUUCUUAUUUUAUAUGUAUUUUCUGUAAUGUUUUAUUUCAUUUUUGACACAAUAAAAUCUUUAACUUAUAAA